CUCUGAGAUGUUGUAAAGCAUCAGAAUUUGUUGGCGACGCAAGAUAACCAAUUUGGACAUAACUGAACUCUUGAACACUGCACAAUGGUUCAAGGUAUUUCAGAGAUGGCUGCAAUGUGUGUUGGCCUCAUCGGGCUGAUCGGGGCAGCAGCCACUACGGGGAUGCCCAUGUGGAAGGUGACAGCUUUCAUUGGGGAGAACAUCAUUGUGAUGGAAACCCGCUGGGAGGGCUUGUGGAUGAAUUGCUACAGACAGGCCAACAUCAGAAUGCAGUGUAAGGUGUACGACUCCCUGCUGUUCCUGCCCCCGGAGUUACAGGCAGCCAGGGGUCUGAUGUGCUGUUCUCUGGCCUUGUCGGGGCUGGGGCUCCUCGUGGCUCUGGCAGGAAUGCGCUGUACAUCCUGUAUUCAGGAUAAUGAUCGGGCUAAGACCAUCAUCCUGAUGGUUGCAGGUGGUAUGCAGUUCAUGGCCUGUAUCUGUGUCUUUAUCCCUGUGUCCUGGACAGGUCAUGUCAUCAUUAGAGAUUUUUACAAUCCUUUGCUAAUUGAUGCCCAGAGGAGGGAGUUGGGAGAGGCUCUCUACAUCGGUUGGGUGACCGGCGCCUUCCUUUUCGCCUCAGCCAUGUUGUUCCUCUGCCGCCGCAUACCCUCGGACAAAGGCUCAUUUGACGUGUACCACCAAACCAACUUGCCCAGCAAACCAAUUUUAAUGAGGUAUCAUCCCAUCCCAAGUCUCUCCAGCCUCCGAUCUAAUGUAUAUCAUCCUUCUCUGCAGAACAAUGGCUCUGUUGGACAACAACUUGCAACACCACUACAAAACAUCCCUCAAGUAACGACAAAUGAUGAAGCACUAAUCAACUUUCCUGCUGUCUAUAAUCCAGGUCUGCCUGAAAAUGCAUCAUUGUUAUAUCAAGGCAGUAUGGCUCACCAUUCCUCCAUGCGGAGUUCUAACCAUGUUGGUAGCGUGUAUACACCAGGCAACUCCCUGUACAUAAGCCAAAACACCUUGCCACAUCCACCGACUUAUAUCGGCAACCCUACUGCAUCCUACCAAUCUAGUUUUCAUCCGGUUCCACACACUCCUAUUUUUAUUGGAUACAAAGCAUCAAGAAUCGAACCAGAGUCUCACAGUGGAAGCAGUGGCGGUGUGUACAUAUAAACAAAAACCAUGAGUGAGUUUUUAUAGCUGGUUAAACU